AUGGAAGCUGAUCAUGAUGCACUGGUGAAGGGAGACAAACUCAUACUGAGGGGAUUGAUGUUUCAUGGUUUUCAUGGUGUAAUCCCAGAAGAAAGGAAGCUGGGUCAGAAAUUUUUGGUAGACUUAGAUGCUUGGGUGGAUCUCAGAGCAGCUGGUAAAUCUGAUAUCUUGUCAGAUACAGUUAGUUACACUGAAAUAUACAGUAUAGUUGAAGAAGUUCUUGAAGGGUCACCGCACAAUCUCCUGGAGUCAGUGGCUGAACAAAUUGCAACCUCUACUCUAACCAAGCACCACCAGAUUUCUGCUGUUCGUGUGAAAGUUGGAAAGCCUCAUGUAGCAGUUCGGGGUCCAGUUGAUUAUUUAGGCGUUGAGAUUCUUAGACACAGAAGUGAUGUGGCAAAUUAAAACUUUUAAGAUUUACUGCUAUAU